UAGCUGAUGCAUUAAAGUUGAUCGAGUCCACCAAAAACCUAUGACAGGCAGAUAUCAUCUGUCGAUUCCAUCUCACAACUAAAACUCUGUUUCUGAACAAUGUAUGUAGUCUCUGAAACAAGCUCGUGUCGAUCCAUAAAUCAUCAUUCCUUUCCAUGGGAGAUGCAUCGGUUGCUGAUUUAUUAGCAUUCCAUCGAGUCGGAACCUAUUGAUUAGGAAUAAAGAUUUGCUACCUUAUCACGAUGUAUAACUCUCCAGCUUCCACCGACAGCUUAAUCGUCUUCUACAAGGGACCACAACAAGGGUUGCAUCUUUCUUCCUGUGAGUUCAUUCAGAGUGUAUUGUAGACGCCAUACUAUCCCUCCAAUCUUUGUACUCUUCGUAUACUGCAACGAUACAUGGCCAUGGCGAACCAAAGCGUUAGAUGGUUAAUCAACAGUCAUUGACAGUUCUAGAUGCCAGCCUAAACAUAUUCAACAGUACAUGUCAUGCAACCAUGGCAGAACUCUCAGCCCUCUCUCUCUCUCUCUCGCUAUAUAUAUAGUUUAUCCCAAGUAGAGGAGGCAUCGGCGUUCGCAUAGCCAUCGCUUGGUUGAUACACUGAGAGGGUAUCAGCUUCUUGGGAGGAAGCAUUUUGGAGGAGUUGUCUGGUGAUGGCAUGCAUCAACAUGGUCAACUCGGAGCACCAGGGACUCCGCGGCGUGCCGGCAGUGCCACCGCCGAUCGGCCCCCGCAUCUCCUUCUCCAGUGACUUCGUCGUGGAGCCGCCCGCGGCGCGGAACCCCGGGCCUCCUCCCGAUCCCAACUUCGAGUUUGCGGUCGGCGGGGACUCGAUGAUCGACGCCGACAAGCUCUUCUUCAAGGGCCGGCUGCUACCUCUCAAGGAGAGCCACCAGUGCGGGCCGCAGCGGAUGACCACCCUGAGGGAGGAGCUUCGGGCCAGCGAGGAGUGGGAGCGGCCGCUGAGGGGAUCCAUCAAGUGGAAGGAGCUCCUUGGGCUCAAGAAGUCCCACUGCAGCUCGGCCGCAAAGAAGAGCGACAAGCCUGUGCAGGGGGAUGUAUGAGGCCAUGUAUGGCGCACAUGAAACUGUUCAUGGUGCCAAAGCAGCGGAGACAGAGGUCGGGGAAGUGUCAUGACUAGUUUUCCUUCGUCUUCCAAAUCUUGUUGAUGUUGUUGUUCCUAGUUAAGGUGGAGCUGAUGGUUGGUCUAAGUACUGGAACUUGAGUGGGAACUCCUAUAGUUCUUCCUGGUGGGGAGUGAGGUGGAGCAGGCCAAUUGAGGAGUUCCUGUAGCUUGUGAGGGAAUUGGUUUUACUCUCUCUCUUUCUCUCUCUCUCUCUCUCAUGUGGAUCGAUCUGUGUAGUUUGAGCAGGAAUUACUGUACUUCCAACCAGGUUGGUGUUUAACAGUUUACUAUUUCUUUUCUUCUUUCA